GACAGGUCCUGAAUCCGCUCGACGCAAGAUGUAACGAGGUUCGACCAGAUGCCAUCUGCGUGAGCCAGUUGAAAAACGCAAGAGAAGUAGACAAGGGAAUCCUGCAGGAAAGACCUGAUGUUAAGAUAUUCUUGCCGUUUAGGUUCCACGUGUACACGCCCGAUGACUUGUUCAUGCCCAACACGUACAAUAGGCAUUUAGUUGCCCCUAACGGCGAUCACGUGAUCAGUUUGAUCGACGAGAUCUCGCACAUGUCACCCCCCGCACCACCUCUAUCGCAGUACGAUGACAUCAAUCCGGAACAGUUCUGCAACGGAGACAACAGGCCUGCUAACUGCGGACAGAACUGCAUGUGUACGCACAAGGUGGACAUCCCGCUUAACGCCAUCGUCGAAGUAGUACUUGUAGAUGAAGUACAACAGCCCAACUUGAGUCAUCCCUUCCACUUGCACGGUUACUCCUUCAACGUGAUUGGUAUCGGUCGGUCACCUGACCAAAACGUCAAGAAGAUCAACUUGAAACACGCCUUGGACCUCGACAGACAAGGUCUGUUACACAGGCAGUUCAACCUGCCGCCUGGCAAAGAUACCAUCGCUGUACCAAACAACGGAUACGUUGUACUUAGAUUCAGAGCUGACAAUCCAGGAUUCUGGCUCUUCCAUUGCCACUUCUUGUUCCACAUAGUCAUAGGAAUGAACCUGAUCUUCCAAGUGGGUAGUUUAAGCGACUUACCCCCCGUACCGCCCAGGUUCCCAACGUGUGGCGACCACACCCCAGACAUCUCUUUAGACAUAGCCAAUGAGUAUAUAAAGAACUACAAGAAAUAGAACGUGUAGCUACGUAGGAGAUUUUAGAUAAUGCGAUAGAAAGAUCUGUGGGAUACCUCAAGCAUCCGUAUUGUGAUGAACGGCUUUUGAUCUUAUUACCUUGAGCUCAUAUGAAGGUCGAGAUGCCCGAUAAGAAUGUAAUGUAUAGUACGCACAGUCACUGCCUUUUCGUGGCGUUUUUUAUGUUUCGAUAGAUGUUAUAUGGUUUGUCUUUCAGAUUGCGGCCCCAUUUUUACUCUGAUAUUGAGAAAAUGCAAUCUUUGGGCUCUCUCCUCCAUUUUUUCAUAAACUCUCAUGGUCCGUAAUGUUUCUGCAAUAAUGUAGGUUGAGUUUCAUUAGCUAGCUUUGAUGUUAUUUCUACUUUGCCCUUGCUUUUUAUCCGCUUUCCUCUUUCGCAAUUCCAUUCCCUACUUUUUUAGCUAUUCUACGAUGUUUUUGCAGUAAUAUAAAUUAAGUUUUCUUGUCUUUGAUCACAGUGGACAUUCCUUCUUCCUUGUACUUUCUCUUCAUUUUCCUCUUCUUUUUUCCUCCUCCCAUUCUUUUACCUAUUCUUUUCUCCGUUCCUAUUUUUCUGCUAUUUAUCCUACUUUUCAUCGUUCUUAUUUUUCUGAAAGCUUUCUCUCACAGAUAAGACAUAUUUCGUUCCUCUUUUCAAAUCAUCUACAUCUCUAAAGGAUAUCAUUUACCAUUUUCACGACUCGUCUAAGACGUUGAUAUUUAGCAAUAUAACACAACUAUAGUAUAUAGUUUCUGGCAUUCUUUUACCUUGUAUCUAACUGUUUCUAUCUAUAUGACUUGGUUAAUACUUCAUCUUAAUUAUAGUACUCACACUUGGAUAUGCUGUCACUUAUAUUACGUAGCAUAUAACUUCUCAUUUUUAUUUGUAUAAAUGACAGUACCAUAGGCUGAAACCGUGGGUGUUCAUUGACUCGUUUUUUAUUUAUGUUCUAUCAAUUAACAGUUUAGGCUCGUUAGUUUUAAGUAAAUAUUAAAAGGCAUCUUGACCUUCACAUGCUACUAUUGCGUCCAGUUUGAAGGAUGUUGUAAGCAAUCUUCACAGAUUAUUCUACUUCAAGGACUGAGGGUAUUUGAGAAAUAGUAAAUUUUUUCUUAUAAGCAACAUUUUUGGAUACUCGAAGGAUGUCCAGACCUGUCAGCUUGAGUCUGCUGCUACACGAUUGAAAAUUUGGCGGAGAGAAUUUAAUACCCACAUUAGUUUUGCUCCAAAUAUGAAAGACACGAUCUAUGAUUUUACAACAGUCUUCAGAUAGCUAGAAUUAGGAUAAGUUUUAGAGGUCCCACAGAUGACGCCACUUGAGUUACCUUCACCAAAUUUGCGUACUUAGUAGGAGACGCUUCCGCGAAAGACAAUACUUCCUUCUUGCCAUUUUGAAGGACAAGCAUUUUGCAAAAAUUAUGACUUGCUUAUUGUUAUCAUCCGAUUUUAUUUAUGUUAUUUAUCUAUAAUGGUCUAUAUUUCGCCAUAAAUACUUAAGGUAAGUAUUCUUAGGAUCCUACCUCUAACAUAAAUGUGUAUAUUUUUUAAAUGUUUCUUCCACACGAGCUACCCGAGUAAAUUUUGGUGCUUCAGUACCGACAAUGUCCGAACUCUUGUAAAUAUAUACCUCUUGUAUAAAAGAAUCGCAAUGUGUAACUUUAAAUCAGUAUUACUCUAUAUCUUGCUCAAAAAUUCGAUGUUGUGGAUCUUUUAUACCAGAUGAAACGUUUCAGUAUUUCCUGUUUUGUAACAUUACUAUCAACUUUUACAUACUCAUCGUAGUCUUAUACAUUUUUUUAGUAGAAUUAUUGCAUGUUACCUUUUUCUAAUAGAGUUGUUUACUGGUUGAGAUCUGUUACCAUUUUGAAUAUAGAUUCUAGUUAUUUAAGAUUGCCCUAGUCUCUUACAGUCUUUUAUAACUGAGAUUAACUGUUUUGUAUAAUGUACAUUUUAUAUAAAUAAAAGGAUUCAUAUGUAUAUACUUGCGUUUGGUGUUGGAAACGUCAUCUUGUACAUAUUUGCAGCCAUAUUUGUUUAAAUGGGCUUUUUGAUUUUCAGCAGUGGAGAUUGUUCGCGUUGUUGUAGAUUCGUUGUUUCAAG